CCCGAUGGAUGCGAAUCUGAAGCUCGACGCGUCGGUGGCUGAAUUGAAACUCCGCGCAAAGGAACCAUAUGUCCUGAGCGGCCUACGCGCUCGAACUCUUGCCCCUCCAUAAUUUAUCCAGUCUCUUUGCUCUUGCCCAUCUUUCGACAUUACACUGCAGAAUGUUUUUCUCUACCGAACUGCUGUCUAAGAGGGAUAGCGGGUUCGGCCUUCUUUGGCUAGCCGCAACCCUUGGCUCGAAAUCAGCCUUUAAGAAAUUACCCAAGCGCUCAGUGUUGACUGCAGAUAUCUCUCAAUUGUGUGAUCUCAUUGCUUCUCCUUCGGAACCUCUGGCCCUUCGUCUCUCAAGUAACUUGAUGGUCGGGGCUGCACGUGUAUAUAAAGUCAAGCAAGAAAUUUUUCUUUCCGAUGUCACGACUUGCUUCAACUCGCUCAAGCGAGUUGUGCAAGAGUUCCGUUCGAUGGCUGCGUCUGAAGCCCAGCUUCAGAUGGCUCAGCCGAGCGUGAGGCCAUCAGCCGUCACCCUCGCUGCUGAUCCUAGUGCUGCAUUCGCCAUGGAUUUUGAUGCAAUGGUCGCUGACUGGGACGAAUACUUAAAUAUUGGAAAUAAUAAGGUAGCGGAAGGGGGCUCAUCCGAUGAUGAGUACAACCCCAAAGCCAAGAGACCGAAAGGAAAGGGUAAGCAGUCGGCAGUUGCACCAGCUUCCACCGCAGAAAACGCCCGCGCCAAUGCGCAUACACUCAACGAGAACCACGACAUCUUCCUCGCCAAUUCUUUCGAUGCCUCAUUUGGCGGCAGCGGCGCCAACAUAAUUCCAUCUUCCCAGAAUGAAAACUUCGGCUUCGACGAUAGUUUCUUCGGCGCAUUUGAUGGCUUGGACAUUGGGGAGGGCGUUGGCGAUGACGUCGUAAGGGAACUUGGUGAAGGCUGGGGAGCUGCCUUGGAGAAUCAAAUCGACCAUGAUAUGCAAGUGGAUGAACCGAUUGACUUCGGGUUUAACGAUGCAGAUAACCUGUAUUUCGAGCAGGAUGUCCCCAUUGAUCAUGUCGGUGCAUUAGAGCAGAAUAUCUUGCCACUUCCUCCGUCGGCCUUUGCUACACCUCAAGGAACGCAACAAAACUCGGCAGCUGCCCUCCCUCCCUCCUCUUCCCUCACGGGACACUCCCUUGAAUCCCCCUCUGGUACAUUGGCUGUAAUUGCCCCGCAGGCCGAAGAAAUUGAGCCCGUUGCACCUGACGAUCAUCCGGCUGAAACAGUUCCUAAGAAGACCAAGCGCGCUAGGCUUAUUUUGGAUGUGCGAACAGAGUUGACGGAUGACGAAUUAAAGGCUGCACGUCUGCAUUAUUUGGAAGAGCAGAAUGCCAUUCAUCGACAACUUGCGCGGAGGAAUUUCGAGAAGGAUCAAGGUAGGGUCAUGGACGAUUUACUUUGGGGUGUUCCAGAACACAUGCAAGCCAAAGAAUUAGUGGACUUUUGGCUGGAUCAUCUCAAGGCACAAUUGGACGCUCGAUCCGCGUUCAUGAUUGAACCUCAAGACGAUUCUCCUCCAUCAAAGCGGAGAAAGAUCAAGAUCAAUGCCGAAGUCUCCAGUGGCGUCGGGCAAUCUAAAGUCCGCCUUGAAAGCCCUACACUCGGUGUAGGUCAGGCGAGCCUAGAUUAUAUGAAUUUGGAUGUAGGUGAAGUGGAUUUUGACAUGAAUUUCGACAUGGGUGAUGGUUGGGGUGGCGCCAACGACCCGGGACCAGAAUUGGAUAAACUUCGCUCGUCUGAGGAACCGGGACAAGCACGUCGUGCCUCACGCCCAAUGUCCGUGCUGGGUGACAAUUUCGGCCUGGACGUCGUGCAGAACUCCUUCUCUCAGCGUAGCGCGCUCUUCCCUUGGGAUAACGCGGGUGGAAGCUCCUCGGCAUCUGGUGUAGUGCCUCUUGGUCGCCAAAGCAGUGACAAAAUCAGUGUCGACCACGCGGAGACUCGUCUGAGGGGCAGCUCACUAAGUCGACGAGGGAGUUCUCUUGUCAGCCAACAAGGCGACGUAUUUGGUGGUACACAUGCGAUCGUCAAUGGGAGUCCCCAAAUAAACGAUGACGAUUUUGUAUUCGAUGUCCCAGCAGGCAAUUCUAUGGUCGAAUCUCAAUUGUCGGAGGUCAAUCUCGCGACCCUCGAGAGAACUUCCUUCAACUUCCUUGAAUACGCUAGGAUGCAGUAUAGAUCCCUGUCUGGGUCAGCUCAAUUUCUCGCCUUCGAUGAUGUUGUGCCGCAGACCACCAGCACCGCGCACGUCGCUGCAGCAGCUCUUUACCACUGUCUCGUGUUAGGCACGAAGGACCUCAUCCGACUUCGUCAAGAAGAGGCAUAUGCAACCAUUGAAAUCCGCAUCAAGUAAAUAAUGACCCUUAUCGGCCGAAACGUUUUUAAAAGCAUCAUAAUCAUCGAUCACGUCAAACUGCGUUAUCCAGCUUGUAGUCUCUCUUGGCAGAUCAUCAACGAAGAAAGACGGCUAUUCCUUCUAUGCUAUGCUUGUACAUACAUACAUCUAGCACUUCAACGUUGUCAACGUUCAACUGUUG